AUGACAUCAACAAUUCCCGAACUUCCUAUUUUCAAUCUCGGCCCGUCCACACUACUGGAUAUUGCAACGGACUUGGUCAACCGGGUUCAACAAGCUGCGAAUGACCUGGUCAACCAUGUUUUGCCGCAAAACGUGACAUUUGAGAAUACUCUUCACCCACUGACAAAUAUUGACAACGAGAUCAAAGGGAAAGCUCAAUACCUCGCCCUUUUCCAGGCAGUUUCCCCUUCGUCAGAAAUGCGGACGACAUCCUCAACAGCUGUGGGCAUGACUCAACUUACCUCUCCAGCAAGGGCAACACCUAGCCAAACUGCCAGUCCAACUUCUAGUAGAGCUACUAGAGCUUCGCCCCUUACAACUGAAGAUGAUCUCAACCUACUACGCAUUGCCGUUGACUAUAAAGAUCGGUUUACUACCAUGAAGGGUAAUGCCGUUCUUUAUGAGGCGAAUGCAGAAGUAUGGAGAGCCCAUGCCGGGCAGAAUAUCAGUCACCAAACGGUUCAUAAGCACAUCACUGACAGGCUAAAAGAGCAUUCCGCCAUACUUGCUAUACCGGAACCUGACCGCGCUAAACUGAACGCUACCGAAGCUGCUAUGUUUGACUACGGCAAUGAGAUUUACGAAAUGCUACAAGAGAAUGCAGUGGCAGAGCAGCGACGAAGAGAUCGCAGGGCUCGUGCGGAUACUAAGGCUCAGGCAAGUACCGACUCUGUGCGGGAUGACACAGCCGAUGAAUUAGAGCAACCAGCAAGGGAAAAAAGGCCCAGAAAUCCGGUGGACUCUGAGAGGAAGAAAUGCAGCAAUUAA